AUGAUUCGAAAUUGUGGAUUACUUGAGUUUCCAUUGAUUGGGGAUAGCCUUUCUUGGCGAGGUUGGCGGGAUAAGAAGCCAAUUAGGUGUAGGCUAGAUAGAGCCUUAGCUAAUGAGAAGUGGCAUGAAUUGUUUAGUAACUCUUUUACGGAGUACCUGCCGAUGGUUGCAUCGGAUCAUAAACCCAUUAUAGCUUCUUUGGAUGAUAAAGUACGUCGCGGCAAGAGUGCUUUUCGUUUUGACAGGCGUUGGUUGGAUAAAGAGGGUCUGCUUGGAGCUAUUGCUUCGGGUUGGGCGUCGGAUUCAGGCUCUGCUUCGGGCAAUGUUUUUGUUCUUGAAGUUCUUGAAGUUCUUGAAGUUCUUGAAGUUCAUGAUAUAUUUUAA